UAACAAUUAUAAAAUAACUAAAAACCACCCCAAAUCUCUCUCACACACUCUCUUUCUCUCACCUCUUUGCUAUUCUUGAUCAAGAAUCACAAUUGCUCUGUAGUUCCACUCAUCUUUGGUUCAACAAAUUUAGGUAGUUACAAUAAUGACUAAACAGAAUUUGUCUAAUGCUAAAUCAUGUGUCAACCCCACCAUGUUCAUGGUGGAGAAGCCACCUCCAUCACCACCGCCGCCACGGGGAAGUUACAUCAAUAAUAUUUCAAGAAAAACACUUGUCAAAAUAAAUGGUGAUCCAAGAAUAAUGACAUCUUGGGUUGAUUCAAUGAGAGCCUCUUCUCCUACUCAUCACAUGUCCACAAAUCUCUACGAAGACAAGACUUCUUGGAUGGUGCAUCAUCCAUCAGCAGUUGACAUGUUUGAAGAUAUAAUAAGUGUUUCUAAAGGGAAGAAAAUUGUAAUGUUUUUAGACUAUGAUGGUACCCUUUCUCCCAUUGUUGAUGACCCUGAUCAAGCUUUCAUGUCUGAUGAUAUGAGAGGAACAGUGAGAAAACUUGCUAGAUAUUUCCCUACUGCUAUAGUUAGUGGGAGAUGCAGAGACAAGGUAUACAAUUUUGUACAAUUAGCAGAGCUGUACUAUGCUGGAAGCCAUGGGAUGGAUAUAAAAGGACCAUCAAAAGGUUCUAAAAAUAGUAAGAAAGGAACUCAAGCUGUUCUUUUCCAACCAGCAAGUAAAUUUCUUCCAAUGAUUAUUGAGGUUUACAAAGAAUUAUUGGAUAAAACAAAGUCUAUUGAAGGUGUUAGAGUGGAGAAUAAUAAGUUUUGUGUGUCUGUGCAUUUCCGUUGCGUCGAUGAAAAGAAAUGGGGUGAAUUAUCACAACAAGUAAGUUUAGUGCUAAAAGAAUAUCCAAAGCUUAAAUUAUGCCAAGGAAGAAAGGUAUUAGAGAUCCGUCCUAUUAUUAAAUGGGACAAAGGAAAAGCUCUUCAAUUUUUGCUUCAAUCACUUGGAUAUGCUAAAUGUAAUGAUGUCUUUCCUAUUUAUAUUGGUGAUGAUCGAACAGAUGAAGAUGCUUUCAAGGUACUUAGAGAAAGAAGGCAAGGUUUAGGCAUUCUCGUCUCAAAAACUCCAAAAGACACACAUGCAUCUUAUUCUUUACAAGAACCUUCUGAGGUUAUGAAAUUUCUACUACUUUUGGUAGAGUGGAAAAGAUUGUCUUUAAGGAAGCAGUCUAAGAUCCAAAAACAACUUGAGGACAUAGCAUCUCUAAAGUACUGAGAAUUCUCCAACUAGUGCGUAUGGUAUAUGCCUUUAAUUUGUUGUAUAUAAAUAAGAGAAAGAAAAAU